AGGCCACAGUUAAUAGGAAUUUUUGGAAAGAACCUACCGAAGAAGACUCCGUUACUAUAAUAUAUACGCAGGGUCUUCGGAACUCCACCACGAUUUACAAGACAAGACGCGCGAAAAUAAAUUUGCAGUGGAAGAAGUUGUGCGUAUUUCUUGUUGCUACAGCUUGAAGUCGAGAACUUUUGGAGGAUUUGGAAGGCCAUGGAGGAGCUGAAAUCGGCUAUGGAGGAGCACAUGGACCAAAUGGCCGAUCUGGUCCAGAAAUUCUCUUCCGAGCUGCGCUACGGUCUACGUCCCGCCUACGACAAUUUCAUUGGUUUCUUCCACGCAAUCGACUGGAAGGAACCUUGGUUAAUGUGCUUAAUAGGGUUACAUUUUGCGUUGUUGCUGCUUACGAUCUUCUCGAGGAAGCAUAUCAACUUUCAGAUGUGCUUGUUCCUUCUGGCAUUGGCUGGUGUAUAUCUUGCUGAGAAUCUCAAUAGAUUCCUAGGUGAAAACUGGAAGAGCUUCGCCGGCCAGAAUUAUUUUGAUCGGAGUGGUGUUUUUCUCUCGGUACUAUGGUCUGGGCCUCUUCUUGUCAUCGCAAUCAUAAUCUUGGUAAACACACUCUUUUCCUUAUGUUUCCUGAUGGUAAGAUGGAAAAAGGCAGAGCUCAGAUAUCGUGCAAGGGUUGCCCGUGACAAGAAGGAUUGAUCGAGCUCAUGUUUCAGUUUUGCUGACCGACGCACCCCUCCAUUAUAAUAGGGUCUGUACCUUUAAGGUGGUUUUGAGGUUGAAAAUUCCUUACCAUUUUUCUACUAAUAAACACUUUCAUUAGCCUUGUAUUACCACUGUUAAACCCUUA